GUUCUUGCCGUUGUGUCUGACAUCAGAAAGGCGCCAUGAACUUAGUGGCGACACGUUCAGAAAUUCAACUAGUCUCAGCGGGUGAUGGAAUAGGUCCAGUUCUGGGGCUUGCUUUUGUCAGGACCCUGCUAGUCUCGGUCAUUUACUCGGUCCCGUACUACCCAUCCCGUUCGACUCGAGCGCAAGUUUCAUGUCUACGCCGCAGUCAUCAUGAUCAACUUGUCAGAGUGGUAUUGGCGGUGUCAAAACGCUGUAACGGGCAGUGUUGAGCUAGACACGUCAUUGGCUAACGAAGUAUACGCGUAGCAAUCCGUGGGUGCAGAACGUUCCCCGCAGACAUGAAUUGCCAUAAGAACGUUCCGUCUUACGGUUCACGGUCUCUUCUCUAUUCGAGUGGCCACACUAGUAUAGGGACGCUCCAAUGGUAUAUAUUGGCGCAGAACCUUCGCUUUGUUCCUCAUCGAACCUCGUCUUCAUCCGCCACUAGCAGUCGCAACUCGUCAAAGUCUCGCACACUUAUCUCGCUCAAUCACAAUGAUGUCUUCUCGUGCCCCCGCUGUGCCUCAAUUCGAUGAUGAAAGUCAAAUCAUCGCACGGCUCCAGUCCCUCACAGGCAAUCGUGGGGAUACCACCCAGGUCUUACAGAAGUCCGUCGACAUGCUACAAACACUGGGUCAGCAGCUUGAUGCUCUGAUCGAAGAUAACCGUCGCAUGAUGCAGGAGCAAGCUAAACUUCAAGAGCAACACUACAAACUUGCGGCGCAGAUGCAGACGGCCCAGGGAACGAGGUCAGGUCACCGCAGAUGAGCGAUUGCUGUGGAGGCUCGUCACAGAACACAGCAUUCAUCGAAUCCAUGUACAUGAUGGUUACGUUUACAAGCAUUUCUCAUCACUCUAAUCGUACUAUCCUACUAGCGUCUUGUGUGCUCCCUGAUCGUCCUCAUACGACUACGUCGGUGUAAUAUAUAGUGAUAGAUAUACUGUUUCGGCUUGAUCGAAUAUGUCUAUUUUAUU